CUGCAACCCGUGGCUUCGACUUAUCGCCCCAAGCCAGUGCCGGCAGCCUCUUCCAACGACCAGAUCCCUCCUGUCCAUCUUUUUUACUAUUCUGGCCCUUUCUACCCGUCUCUUUCGGCUCCUGCCCAUUUCGAUCGUUUAGAUCUUCCACCUACUUCCUUCCCUUCCAACAGCACGCGUGAGUAUCAACCAAGGUCAACCACUGCGCGCGCCCGACAGGAUCCGGAGAAGCCGGUGCCAUAUUCGACUAUUAAGAAACCAUCAAUUGCCAUCUACAUCCAAGAUGCCGCUUUCGAGUUUUUACGAGCGAUUAUUCACAAGGAGGCUGCACGAAUGAGAAAGUUCAUCGAGACGGGUGGAAAAUCCUGGGUGAGAGAGAACGAUCUUCUUCACGACGAGUGGGUUCAGAAGAAGUACGGCAACGCCGCUGCACAGAACACAGACACCGGAGGAACACUGGCCCACGGCACUGCAACCAACCGGGCUCGACCCCAGCGACGAGCCUACAAGAAGCGCGUCCCGAACUCAGAGUCCCUCGAUGAGGGCAUCACCGACGGCGACAGCGCCAGCCUCUAUGAGGGGUAUAGAAAGACAUAUUCCAAUUACAACGAAGAGAAGAGCUCGGAGAAGGACAUCAUCCCCAUCGAGUCCGACGAAUUCGAGUCGGGCAUGGACGACGACUUCAACGGAGAGGGAAGCGACGUUGGUACCGGCAGCAUCAUGAGCGGCAUAAGCAAACUCUCAGGACAGGCGCAAGCUGGAGAGCGCGGCGAGACAGCUGUAGAUGAUGAGGAGAUGGAGGACAUGAGCGAAUGCAUCGAAGAGGGCCAAACUUGGAUGAGUCGCGAGGACUGGGAGGGGAUGAUGAAUGAGGACGACUGA